CUUACAUUUUAGAAAGGUAACCUUAUUUUUUAAGAGAGCAUGAAUUCACAAUCUUUUAUGUAGUUUUUAGCAACUGAUCUUACCAUGGUGGUGAAUCAAGGAAAGAGAAACAAAAAAUGAGGACAAAUAUCUACAACUUUAUUGUGCAACAUGACCAUUUGAAGAGUUUUGUUAAGGGGAGUUGAUCAUUCUUAUUUUUCAUCUCACUAAAUAUUGACACUGUGUGCUUGCGUUUAAGCAUUUUAGCAAUUUCAACGUUUAUUAUCUUUAAAUAUUGUAAUGUAAAAGAAAAAGAAAUUUGAAGAGGAAAUUGAUGUGAUAAAAUAAAUCAAAAUUUACAGAGUGCCAUGAUUUCCGCGAUAUUAUAUUACUGUAUUAUUCCAUUAUUCGUAUCAUGGGUAGGAAUCCGAUAUGGGUCUCAAAUUUACAAGAAACGAGAGGAAAAACGAAUUCAAGAUUUGUACGCGAAGACGCCCAAAGAUUUGGUAAUUCUUCACUGUUUUCCCAUGACGUCGCUCCCUCUGGGGACUUGUAUUCCUUGGGAUCUUAAAAUUGAGCUGUUUUGUCGCAUGGGGAAAAUAAAGUAUCAGAAAGACACAAAUCAUCCCUUCGGAGUGAAAUCCAAGACGCCAUGGAUCUCAAUAAAUGGGGCACAUGUAUCAGACUCUCACUUGAUUUUACAGUUUCUGAAAAAAAAAUUUGACGUGAAUUUCCCCAAUAAUUAUACAAAAGAAGAACUUUCCACGGCACGGGCGGUUCGGGUCAUGCUGGAAGAACGGUGGUACUGGGCCAUGCCACUAUGGCGCUUCAUUCGUCCCGAUGGUUGGACCCAGUUUGCCAAAGAUUUUGGAAGAGUUGGUUCAUUCACCUGGCCAAUUCCGUUACGACUUGUGCGAUUGUAUUGGAAACGGAUUUUAAGCAAUGAAGUUAAUGCGCAUGGAAUCGGGCGUCACUCGAGGGAAGAAAGGGAUGCAAUGUUUUUGGGAGAUUUGCAAACCGUGUCGGAUAUUCUGGGAGAAAAAAAAUACAUUUUGGGGAAUGAACCCUGUGAAGAGGAUUGUGCUAUAUUUGGUCAAAUUGCCCAAGCCGUGUGGGGUCUGCCGGAUUCGCCAUAUUCUAACUUUAUAAAUGAAAAAGCAUCAAAUUUGAAAGCUUAUUGUGAAAGGAUCAGAAGUCAAUACUGGGCUGACGAAUGGGCUUUCGAGUACUAAAGUUGACAAGUAAAUAUUAUCAAUCCUUUUAUAUAUAUGUACAUUCAUUGAUAUUACAUUUAUUGUGAGUAUUUUACUGUUAAAGCACCAAAUUAUUAAAUACAACACUAUGAGGACUUUCAA